UCUGGAAUUAGCAUCAUCAUCGUUGGCUGCGGCUUUGCUGGCCUCUCCUGUGCUAUCGAGUCUUUCAGGAAGGGUCAUUCGGUCGUCAUACUUGAGAAAGAUCCGGAACACAGACAGCUUGGCGAUAUUAUCGCGCUCGGUCUGAAUGUAGGCCCUUUCAUUGACCGCUGGGGUCUGCACGACACGCCUCCUCGCCUCCUGACAUUGUCAUCGCACUCAAAUAGUCUCUGGCCAGUCUGUGGACAUGCAGAAUACGUACAUUUUCACAAAUACAAGGGAGAACUAGUUGAGAAGCAAGACUUUUCCCAAGCACUCUAUGGAACGCACGCUUGCAAUGGUCAUCGGGCGGAGAUGCAUCAACUCCUCGUUGACUAUGCCAUCGGGCUGGGGAUUGAGGUACGGAUGGGAGAAGAUAUCACAGAGUUCUUUGAGGACAUAGAACGCGGCAAGGCCCUUGUGGUGAGUAAUGAGGUGCGUAUAGAGGCUGAUGUGGUCGUUGGCGCGGACGGCGUGAGGAGCAAGGGGAGGACUCUUGUUCUAGGACACGAAGACAAGGCCAUGUCAUCCGGAUAUGCGAUCUAUCGAACCUGGUUCAACGCGAAGGAAGCAGGAGUCGACAAGGAUCCCUUGACUCAGUUCUUGGCAACCGACGAAGAUCUCUUGUACGGCUGGUUGGGACCAGACGUCCAUCUUCUGGUAGCUAACACCAGGAGAGGGGAGACCGUGACUUGUCUUUUGACUCACAAGGAUACCGUAGAUGUCAGCACUCGUACUCAGUUCGAAGGGAACAAGGAUGACGUGCUCGAGAUUGUCAAAGACUGGGACCCUCGUUGCAAUGCGAUCUUAUUUAAAGCGCCCUCCUUUGUCGACUGGAAGAUUCUCUAUCGUGAUCCACUUCUGACCUGGGUCAGCCCUGGCGCGAGGAUGGUUCUUAUUGGGGACGCGGCUCACACAUUCCUUCCGACGAGCCUUCAAGGCGGGUCGCAAGCAAUGGAAGAUGGCGUUUCGCUUGCCUAUGUACUGCAGAUAGCUGGUCGGGACAAUAUUCCCCUUACCUUUCAGACAUGGGAGCACCUUCGCUAUCGACGUGUGCGCCACGCUCAGCUCUUAGGGUUUGAUACGCGCACCAGGUGGCAUAACUUGACCCCCGAAUCGCGAGGGGAUGAACUCAAUGCGCCGGGCCCGGAAUGGUUGGUCAACUUCGAUGCGGAGCGCGAUACUUAUGAGCGCUGGGCGGAGGUCAGUGAGAAGAUCAAGACGGAGGGG